AUGGCCACGCCGGCGGCGGGGAGGAGGCCCAGGGCGCGGCGGCCGUUCGCGGCGGUCGCGUCGCUGUCGGCGGCCAGGAGGCGGGUGCUGCCGAGGACGGAGGGCUCGGAGAACGUCGAGCCCCUCGACGGGAUGUCGUUCAAGGAGUGCCUCCGCCGGUUCAACAAGUUCUCCGGCGAGGCGGCGGCGGCGGCGGCGGCGGUGAAGCCCGCCUUCGUCGUCGGCACCAAGGCGGUGAUCAAGAACAGGCGGUCCUGCUCGACGCCUGGUUCCAAGAGGCCGUCGUCAUCGAGGACGCCGAGAAGGAAGAAGCUGGAACCGUCGUCUUCUAGGAAUAGCUCGACUCCCGCGCCGCCGGCGGCGGCGGCGCCGUACGAGGCGCCGCGCGCGCCGCUGUGGGACUUCUCCGACGAGCUCUGCCAGAAGAAGGUCAGGGCGAGGCUCUCGUCUCCCUGCGACGUCGCGGCGGAGGAGGAGCAGGGGCAAGGACGGCGGCGCGGGGAGGCGGCCUCGCGGAGGAGCGCGGCGUGGAGCGCGACCCUCGAGGAGGCCAUGGCCGGCAUCCCGGAGCACGGCGAGGGCCGCGUCAGGUACCUGGUGGACACGUUCGAGAGGCUCCUGUCCCUGUCCCGCGGCGACCGCGAGGCGCAGAGCGGAGGCGGCGCGGGGACGAGGAGGAGGAAGAAGGAGUCGGCCUCGGUGCCGUCGUCGCCGCGGAAGGCCGAGGAGAUCGACAUGGCGUCGUACCCCUCCGUCGCGUCGUCGUCCGACCUCUCCUACUGCAUCAUCGGCCUCCCCCGCCGCAACAGCAGGAGCAGCAGCGGUGCGCGAGACGAGCAUCAGGUCAGGAGAUGCAACAGCGCUGGCUCGUCGGAGAGGAGCUCGUGUAGGAAGGCGACGAGGCCUCAUCCGUUCAAUCUUAGGACCGAGCAAAGGGGAAGGGUGAAGGAAGGCAACUUUGUUCAGAUGAUGAGGGAGAUGCUGCUGGAGGAGGAGAGGCUGCGCAACCCGCUCGCGCAAGCUCUCCCAUGGACCACCGAAGAACCGGAGAAUCUGGCGAAACCGCCGACGAAAGAGCCCACUGAACCGUUCGAUGUCGUGCUUCAUAGCGCAGUUCGUGCUGUCGGUCGCUCCAAGUUUGAUCAUCAGAUCGCGGAGCGCAACAUCUUCCUGGAGAGGCUGGAGCUGGAGAAGGAGAGGCAGCAGAAGCUGGAUGAAGAGAUUGAGAUCAAACUGCUGAGGAAAGAGCAGGUGCCGAGGGCGCACCCAAUGCCGGAUUUCUCGAGGCCAUUCAUGCCCAAAAGGUCAGUGAAGCCCCAGACAGUUCCCAGGGAGCCAAGGUUCCACACCAGGCCGACGAGGCACAGCCCCAAGACUCGGUCAUAG